UCAAGUAACGAAGAAAAGUCGUUUAGAAUUUGCAAGAUGAAAUUCGCUUUGACAGUAUUAAUGGCUCUGGCCGUUGCCAGUCCUCUGUACGCCUACAAGUUACCUAGCACAGGUUCAGGUGCUCUCGCCAAGGAAUUUCAGGACAUUUUGGACCUGAUACCACUGAGUAAGAUAAUAGAGCUCGCUAAAGCAUACCAAGCCCAGGACAAAGAAUUUCAGACGACCAUGGGGCUCGUAAUGUCCGAGGAAUCGAAACAGUAUGUCAGAGCUAUCGAGGCUGCUCCUGAAUUCAAAGACCUGAUGAACUACAUCCAGAACGCUGGACUGGACAUUCACUCGCUGCUGGACAUUCUAAACAAAUCCCUUAAUCUCGAGCCCUUUAUCCCUUUCGUCUUCCAUGGCAAGAUUACCGGUGGGAUUAAAGGCUUCAUUAAAGACAUUAGUAACUUAAUGCCUAUUGACGAACUCACGACGAUGGUCGAUAACAAAAGAAAAACCUCCGAGGUGUUUAAUAACUUUAUCGAGCAAAUAGUAUCACCGAAAAAUGUUCAGUUCUUUAAAUCCAUAAUGACGAACGAACACAAGAUGAAUCUGAUCGAGGAAGCUGAAAAGGAGGGCAUCGAUGGCUUCAUUUUCGACACUUACUAUCUUUUCUUUCUUUCGGGUGUACCUAUCCUUAUGGGCAGAAUGUAA